GAGAGGAGAGGCAGUGAAAGGAGGAGGGCAUUAAGGAAAGAAGGCAGGGGAGUAUCAAUGACAUCAACCAGCAGUAUCUGAGGCCGCCCGACUAGCAAUGCUCUCCCGACAAAAGGGCUGAGCAGCAGCCUGCGUUAUCCGCUGCACUCCCGAGAGGUCGGUCGGCGGCGUUGGACGGCGGCCGGAGGUUGGGAACUGCCGGCGAUGUGCGUGCAUGCGUCCUCCUGCACAAAGGCAGACCUUUCUCCGAGUGCUGCUGCUGCCACUGGAUUACAUCCAUCCUUGCUGUUUCCAAGGAAGCUUCCAGCUGCAAAUCCACCCACAUGAAUCUCCCAGACAGUAAAGAAGACGGAGCACUUCCUACCAAGAGUGCCUACUCCCGUUGAGUGAAGCCCUACCCACCCGUAUCUCCGUCAUCUCCAACCAAACCAGGGUGGUGCCAUGACCCUGCCCAAGACAGGUGGAGUUCUGCCCCAAUCUAGGAGGCCAGUCCUGGGGCUCUGCCUUAGCCCAUCUUCCCUGUGUCUGCUGCUGCCUUUGAUUAUCCUGCUAACCAGACCUUUAAGCAGCGUGUGUGGAGCACUAGCUCCCCCAAAGUUCACCAAGAUUCCCACAGACCAGAUCGGAGUGUCAGGGGGUGUGGCAUCAUUUGUGUGCCAGGCCACUGGCAAUCCCAAGCCUGUCGUCUACUGGAACAAGAAGGGCAAGAAGGUCAACUCCCAGCGUAUCGAGACUGUCGAGUUUGAUGAGGGUGCAGGUGCUGUGCUGAGGAUCCAACCGCUCAGAGCACCCCGAGAUGAGAACAUCUACGAGUGUGUUGCACGCAACAGUGAAGGAGAGGUGUCUGUCACUGCAAAGCUGGCCAUUAUCAGAGAGGACCUGUUGCCAUUUGGCUUCCCCAGUAUAGACAUGGGGCCCCAGCUGAAGGUGGUGGAGCGGACCAAGACGGCCACCAUGCUGUGCGCUGCCAGCGGCAUCCCUGAUCCAGACAUCUCCUGGUUCAAAGACUACCUUCCUGUGGAUCCCAACAGCAGCCAGGGUCGCAUCAAAAAGCUUCGAUCAGGAGCGUUACAGAUCGAGAACAGCGAGGAAACAGACCAAGGGAAGUACGAGUGUGUGGCCACCAACUCACAAGGCGUGCGCUACUCCUCUCCCGCAAACCUAUACGUGCGAGGAGCGACAGACACAUUGCGCCGUGUGCCCCCUCGUUUCUCCAUCCUCCCCUCCAACCACGAGAUCAUGCCGGGAGGGAGCGUCAACAUCACCUGCGUGGCCGUGGGUUCGCCCAUGCCUUACGUCAAGUGGAUGCUCGGCAACGAGGACCUGACCCCCGAGGAUGACAUGCCGAUUGGACGGAAUGUGCUCGAGCUAAAUGGUGUCCGGGAGUCUGCAAACUACACCUGCGUGGCCAUGAGCAGCCUGGGCAUCAUCGAGGCCACCGCUCAGGUGUUAGUCAAGACUUUACCAAAGCCUCCUGGCACACCCAUCGUCACGGAGACCACAGCCACCAGUGUGACCAUCACCUGGGAUUCUGGCAAUCCCGACCCCGUCUCCUACUACAUCAUCCAGUACCGAGCCAAAGGGCCGGACAGCAAGUACGAGACAGUGGACAGCAUCACCACCACCCGCUACAGCAUCGGUGGUCUGUACCCCAACACCGAGUACGAAAUCAGAGUGUCAGCCUUCAACAGCAUCGGCCAGGGGCCCCCGUCGACUCGUGUGGAGGCUCGCACAGGAGAGCAAGCCCCCGCCAGCCCUCCACGAAACGUCCAGGCUCACAUCAUCUCUGAGAACACGGUGAUGGUCCGCUGGGAGGAACCAGAGGAGCCCAAUGGACAGGUGAAAGGCUAUCGGGUGUACUACACCAUGGACCCGUCCCGGCCUAUGAAUGAGUGGCAGAUCCAUAAUGUCCAGGACAGCGUCAUCACCACCAUCCAGAACCUGGUCACCUCAGAGACCUACACCAUCCAGGUCCUCGCCUUCACCUCUGUGGGGGACGGACCCUUCUCCGACCCAGUCCACGUUAAAGUCAUUCGUGGAGUCCCUGGCCAACCUGGCAAGUUUAAAGUCGGCAGAGUGACAGACACCAGCAUUGAACUGACCUGGGAACCCGCUUACACCAAGGAGAAAAUUGUCAACUAUGAGCUGCUCUACAAACCUGUCAAGUUUGGCAGUUUGGAGAAGCUGACCUUCGGGCCGAGGAAUUCGUACACGGUGGAGGGCCUGAAAGCGAACACUGAGUACUCCUUCUCCCUGGCCGCCAUCUCAAACAAAGGCAUCGGAGCUUUCACUAAUGAGCUGGUGCAGAGGACGUCACAAGCCAAGCCCUCAGCUCCACCAGAGGGCGUGUCCUGCGAGAGUACCAGCUCCACCUCGCUGAGAGUAAGUUGGAGGCCACCUCCAAGGGAGGGCCAGAAUGGCGAUUUGGCAGGUUAUGAACUGAGAUACCAGAGAGUUUCUGGGGCAGGAGGCGGAGGUCAGGGCCUGGAGGUGAAAGGGCUUCCUAUCCCGGCCCAGCAGGGGCAGACAGUGGUAGAGGGGCUGGAGAAGUGGAGCUGGUACAACAUCUCCAUGGCUGCCUCCACUGCAGAGGGGACGGGACCCAGCAGCCCAGCUGUGCUCUGCAGAACGGAUGAGGACGUUCCUGGUGCCCCUCGUCAGGUGGACGUCCAGCAGCUCAACUCUUCAGCACUUCGAGUUACGUGGCGGUCGGUGUUGCCACGGUUACGGCAAGGCCAGAUCCGCGGCUACCAGGUGCAUUUCAGCCGUGCAGAGAGUGGUGAAUCACGCAACCUUCCCCGCAUCAAAGACCUGUUAUUGGAUGAGUCUCAGAUGGAGGAGGAUGACUCGACUCAAUAUGAGCUGAUUUUGGGAGGUUUGAAAGCAGAGACUUUAUACUCUGUCUCUGUGGCAGCGUACACCACCAAAGGGGAUGGAGCUCACAGCAAAGCCAAACUGGUUCAGACCCCUGGGAUUGUGCCAGGCCCCCCCUCUCUUUGGGUGCGUCCAGGAUCGGGUCCAUCAGUAGUGGUGCGGUGGGCUCCUCCGCUGGAGUGCUCUGAGUCAGGUUCUGAUAGCCGGGGGGCCCCGCUGGAAAUCCAGGGCUACCGCCUACAGUUUGGCCUCAAGAAUACCUCUUUAGACACCACAGUGGAUUUCACAAAUCGUGAGAAAAACUUCACUGUCGGAGACCUUUCCCCAGGCUCCUCCUACGUGUUUGUUCUCUCCGCGAAAAACCGAGCCGGCUACGGAGAUGUAGUGCAGCAGGAAAUAACAGUUCCCAUGUUUCCACCCUUGGGAUACCCCAAAAUAUCUGACUUUGUUAAUGCCACUUGCUGCUCCCUGCAGUUCUCCUGGCUGCCCCCUGCACCAGAAGAGUGCAACGGUGUCAUUACAGAGUACACUAUAGCUUACAAGGAGACUGCAAGCCCCAAACCCUCUGCUAACCCGGGCCCCUCCGCCUUACCAGCCCCUUCUGCUCCCCCAUGGCUGAUCACACUACCAGCGAGUGAGUCCAGCUACACCAUCCUGGGCCUCAAUCACAGCACAACCUACGAGGUGCAGCUCAGAGUCCACAACAAAGCAGGGCCGGGCCCCUUCAGCCCACCUCUGGUGUGCCUCACCCUGGCCUUGGAAACAGAUGUGCCGAGGAAUUUUUCAGUCAACCUGGCAACUAAGACCAGUGUUCUCCUGACCUGGGAGUUUCCAGAGACCAGCAACUCCUAUCGCUUCACUGUGGAGUAUAACCGGCAAAAGAUGGAGGUGGACGCUCGCCUGAGAAAGGCAGUCAUCCCAAACCUUCAGCCCGACACCAGCUAUGACUUUAAAAUCACAGCUCCUGAAGGUAACAUGGGAGGCCUUCGCCACCGGAUCACCGCCAAGACGUCCCCGCCCAUCACCAUCCGCCGCCCUGAGAUUGACCACACCCGUGAAACUGAAACAACCGUCACUAUAAUCUUGCCGUCGCUGGAAACUCGCACCCCUGUCAAGAAUGUUUAUGUUGUUGUGGUUCCACUGCGGAGAGCCCGCGGCGUCAUCAGACACCUCAAGAGCCCAGAUGAAAUGGACCUAGAGGAGCUGUUAAAAGACAUCAGUCAAAGACAGAAGGAUUCUCGACAGCAAAAGCAGGUGGACCUACGUCGGGCUUACAUCACAGCCCGUUUCACACCUGCCACCCUACCAGCCUUCUUCACCCUCGGCGACCAGCUGGACUAUGGAGGCUUCGAGAACCGAGCUCUGGAGGCGGGUCAGGAGUACGUCUUCUUCAUCCUGGCUGAGCUCAACUCUACAACCGGGAAGAUGUAUGUGGCCAGCCCUUACACAGACCCAGUGAUUGCCCCAGACUCGGACCCUCAGCCUUUUGAUGCAGGUGACGGGCUGAUCUGGGUGGUCGGACCCGUGUUGGCCGUGGUCUUCAUCAUCUGCAUCGUUAUCGCUAUUCUCCUUUACAAAAACAGCAAACCUGACAGCAGCAAGCGCAAAGACUCUGAACCCGGAACCAAGAGUCUUCUGAGCAACGCAGAGAUGAUGGCCCAUCACCCAACAGACCCCGUGGAGAUGAGGCGCAUCAACUUCCAGACUCCCGGAAUGAUGAGCCAUCCUCCCAUCCCCAUCAGCGAGCUGGCUGAGCACAUAGAGCUGCUGAAAGCCAACGACAACCUGAGACUCUCCCAGGAGUACGAGUCAAUUGACCCAAGUCAGCAGUUCACCUGGGAACACUCCAACCUGGAAGUUAACAAGCCCAAAAACCGCUACGCCAACGUCAUUGCAUAUGACCACACCAGAGUCAUCCUGGCACCCAUAGAAGGUAUCCUGGGGAGUGACUACAUCAACGCCAACUACAUUGAUGGCUACAGGAAGCAGAAUGCCUACAUUGCUACCCAGGGACCACUGGCAGAGACGUUUGGGGAUUUCUGGAGGAUGGUUUGGGAGCAACGGACCGCCUCUGUCGUCAUGAUGACACGUUUGGAGGAGAAAUCACGGAUAAAGUGUGAUCAGUACUGGCCAAGCCGCGGCACAGAGACUUAUGGGAUGAUCCAGGUCACUCUGCUGGACACAAUGGAGCUGGCCACCUUCUGCGUUCGCACCUUCUCCCUGCAUAAGAGUGGAAACAGCGAGAGGAGAGAGGUGCGCCAGUUCCAGUUUACAGCUUGGCCUGAUCACGGCGUGCCAGAGUAUCCCACCCCCUUCCUCAACUUCCUCCGCAGGGUCAAAGCCUGCAACCCUCCCGAUGCUGGACCAAUCAUUGCUCACUGCAGUGCUGGUGUUGGUCGUACCGGAUGCUUUAUCGUCAUCGAUGCCAUGCUGGAGCGCAUUCGACAUGAGCGCACUGUGGAUAUCUACGGUCACGUGACUCUGAUGCGCUCGCAGAGGAACUACAUGGUGCAAACAGAGGAUCAAUACAGUUUCAUCCACGAGGCCCUGCUGGAGGCCGUGGCCUGUGGGAACACUGAGGUGGCUGCCAGGAGUCUGUACUCUUACAUGCAGAAGCUGUCCAAGGUGGAGAGCGGGGAGCAUGUCACCGGCAUGGAGCUGGAGUUUAAGCGGCUGGCUAACACCAAAGCCCACACUUCCCGGUUUGUCACAGCCAACCUGCCUUGCAACAAAUUCAAGAACCGACUGGUCAACAUCAUGCCCUAUGAAACCACUCGCGUCUGCCUCCAGCCAAUCAGAGGCCUGGAGGGCUCUGACUACAUCAACGCCAGCUACAUAGAUGGAUACAGGCAGCAGAGAGGCUACAUUGCCACCCAGGGUCCACUGGCUGAGACUACAGAGGACUUCUGGAGGAUGCUGUGGGAACACAACUCCACCAUAGUGGUCAUGCUGACUAAGCUGAGAGAAAUGGGACGGGAGAAGUGUCACCAGUACUGGCCCGCAGAGCGCUCAGCCAGGUACCAGUACUUCGUGGUGGACCCCAUGGCGGAGUACAACAUGCCUCAGUACAUCCUCCGGGAGUUCAAAGUUACAGAUGCCAGGGAUGGCCAAUCGCGAACAGUGCGUCAGUUCCAGUUCACUGAUUGGCCAGAGCAAGGCGUGCCCAAAUCUGGGGAGGGCUUCAUUGAUUUUAUUGGCCAAGUGCACAAAACCAAGGAGCAGUUUGGCCAGGAUGGACCAAUCAGCGUUCACUGCAGUGCUGGCGUGGGGCGGACAGGUGUCUUCAUCACUCUGAGUAUUGUCCUGGAGAGGAUGCGUUACGAAGGGGCGGUGGACAUCUUCCAAACUGUCAAAAUGCUGCGCACACAGAGACCAGCCAUGGUGCAGACCGAGGACGAGUAUCAGUUCUGCUACCAGGCUGCUCUCGAGUACUUGGGUAGCUUUGACCACUAUGCAACGUAAGAGACGAGACCAACAUCCACCCAUCUUUCUGCUUCGAGGUCCACAAACAAACCAACACGUGACACAAGAGAAAGACGGCCUGAAACAAUAACAUUGGACCUUUUUUUUUCCCCCCGGGAGCAAGACGAAUUCUACACCAACUACGACAAAAACGACAAAAAAACAGCAACAAGAAAUCUCUCUUAGCACCCACGUUCACCAGGAGCUGCUGGGUGUGGAGACUGUCCAUGUGUAAUCCAUAUACUUACCUCAGUGUUCCAGUGUGAAGGACGUAUAAUACAUGUGUGUUGUGGUCAGCUAUCUCCAAUAUGAACCAGUGAAAUACAAAUGGAUUCUGAACAGGAAUUAUGAUUCUCUAUGUGUAUAAAAUACAGAAAGAUUAAAAAAAAAAAAAAAAGAAACACACACAAAGAGCCUGGAUAUUUGCUGCACCCUAAAUGGGCUUUUUAUCCUCAACUUUGUAUCUAUUGGUUUGGUGUACUAAAGGGGUUACAAAGUUCUACGGUGAACAUUUCUAUGUGUCUGUGAGUCUAUUUCAAAGGUGUCUGUAGUUUGAAGCAAAAGACGAGGUCAUGCCUCGGCAGAAGCCUACAGUUUGGACUCACCACCCUGAGGACUGUUGGAGAAGCAUGUGGAUGCUCAUUUACCCAAUGCACAGUGCCAAGAGAAACCCUGCAGCGUGAACUGUGGCCUAUAAGGAGAGAUGGCUCCUUCUGUCAUCCAGCAUAACAUGAAGUCAGACUAGAGACCGCUCUUAAACAAAAAGGUCAAGGAUCAGUUCACACCCUGAGUCUCGUCCUCACUGAGUAACAGCUGGCCUCAGAGCAGCGAUUAGAUCCCACCGCACCCUGAACUGGGCUGAGACUCGCGACCCAGUGCAGUCUUCAUUUAACAAAGCUUGCUUGCUAUUUGCUGUAGUCCUCAUUCAUCCUCCAGCUCAGCUCCUCUUGAUGUCAGUCCCAUUGUGUCAGCUCAGCAGUGGCGUAUUGAAAGAGAUGCUAACGAGAGAACUGAGCUCCGGUCAGUUUCUUUCUCUCACCGCCCAUUUCUGUAGAUCUUUGUGUGUUUUUACUGUACGUCUUUGCCUUAUGCUGACUCUUUUCUUUUUCGUCUUUUUGUGUUUCAACAUGCUGCUUACUGCUCAUGCAUCGUGUGCUGAACUUUUAAUUGUCAUGCAUCGUCUCCUCCUGAGGAUGGAAACUUGUUUCCUGAUCAUCUUCCUCCUCUGAAGCUUCCCUACUUGAAUUGCACCACUUUGCAGUUAAAUCCUUCUUAUAUUUUUACUAGGUAAGGCUACUGGCAAUGAAAGAUAAUGAGAGAAAUCCAGAAAAUAUUCAGAGCUAGCGGGGAAUCGCUCAUUUUCAACAGUCCUCUUUCUCUCUCUCCCUUCCCCUCCCCUCCAUAUAAACCCCAUUAAAAUCUUCUCUGUUCCCUAAAUCCCACUGUACAGAACAUCCCAACUUUACCAGUUGAUGUUUCCCCUCCGUCUAACUCCAGUACAACUGCACAAGUCCUUGAUAUCGGUGUAAAUCUUUUCUUAAUUUGACAUAUAAUCAUAAUUGGUCCCAUGUGGUGAUUAAAGAGCACAGCGAUGUUGCAAUGUAUCAGACAUCUCGGGCGAAUUCACCAAUUUUGUACAUACAGUCUAUCAUUGGAGUCCUAUACAGUACAGUUACAUACGUCUGAGCACAAGAUAUAAUGUGGGAUUGGAUGUGAUGUAGUUCUUAUUGUCGCAAAAAAGCCUUAUUGUUAUUGUUCACUUUGUCAUAUUUAUUUCAUAUGAUUUUUUAAAAAGAUAUUUAUUAUUCUAUUUUGUUAUUUUUAUGUUUGUUUUUAUUUAUUUGGGAUUUCUAGCGAUUAUAACCAAUAAGAUGUUGUUUACUUGUUUCUUUGGCGAGCCAAUGUUAAAGUACGAUAUUGUCACUGUUUGUUUUUAUUUUUACUGGUCAGUUUUGGUGCUUUUUUUUAUUUGCUUUAUGAUCAUAAAGUAUGCCCUCUGUGUAGGGUGCUAUUUGAUACUGAUUACUGAUGUCCGACUAGCUAGCUAGAGAUGUAAAUUAGAGGCAGAACUAGUUUAAGUUUACAGCGAUGCCCUUUUGAAGCCCUCCCCGACCCCAGCCUACACAGCAACAGCAGCGGUGGGAUCAUAGCAGCGGAGGUGUGUUUUCCACCCCUGUGAUCGGUGUAAGGGCAUCAGAGGAGUUAGAUGUAUAAAGCAGAGCUAUCAGCGGAAAACCUCCUGACAAGCUGUCGAUGUUUAGUUUGCUUGAAAGCACAUGGUAGCAAGUGUAUUUUUGACAGAGAAAGAGGUUAAGAAUGGCCUAGCUACACACUUUACACGCCCGCAAAGGUUAUCGUUUGAAUCUGAAAUUAUUCUCAUAUGAACUCUAUGUGUGGUCCUGAAGUCUUGACAAUGUUUGACAUAUAUGAAAUAUGUUAUUCCUUCGAUUUCUAAUGAUUAUUGUGUCAAGAGAAAUAUAAAAGGCACACGCGAAACAUAAUAUGAAAUGUGUUGAGGGCCAGCUCUGAUGAUGCCAUCCCCCUCACUUAUGUACCUGUUCUUUCCUUUCAAACCAUAGAUGUAGAUAUUGUAUCUUGACUUUGUAUUAAAAGCAGGAUGAUUGGAUAUACAGCACAAUGA